AGUCAGUUAACCAUAUUUUUAAAAAUGAAUGUGGGGCUAUGGGUUUUUGUUUUACAGAAUUAGUACAGUUGGUUAGAAAAUAAGGUAACAAUUUGGUCUUUACAAUGGUUAAUUGAGUUUUGGACCGUUGUAUAAUAUAUGAGUGCAAUUAUUCAACUUUCCGGAAUUUUAGUAAUGGAAAUGGAACUAAGGAAUAUGUUAUGUUGUGUUGCGUUUUAUUCUCUAGGUAUUGCACGCCGACACUCCUCUCUUUAUUUCGGCAGUGAUGCUAUGUUUGCAGAAUAGAAGUCAUUUGGCUUCGGCAUGCUCAGUGGAUCUCGUGUCUCCCGAGAGGGGAGAUUCCGUUGUGAUUAGUGAAAUUCCCGAGGCUUCUUUUAAAAGGCCAAACUGGUGAUAAUUUCAUGGUGAGGUAUCUGGACUCAGGGCUAGGUAAUCCAGGAUUUCCCAAGUCAUUUCCAAAGACUGGUGUUAUAGCUUAAACAAUGGAUGAACUAUCAGCACACAGAUAGAAAUACCUAGGAAAAGAAAUGUAAAUUGGGAUUAAAUGAUACAUACAGUUCCAUUGCCAUUACUGAAAUCUUGGAAAGAAAUUCAACUGCUCUUGUAAAAUAUUUGUAGAUUUAACUAUUUGGCAUGUGUAGUUAUGAUGUUAUUAGUUUACAUGAAGUCCACAUUAAUGUAAAGUAGAUUUAUAGUCCUUUUGAUGAGGGGAUAGACGUUUCAAUGUUAAUGAGUUCGUUAAUACAAAAUGCCAAUUUUAAGUCCUUUUUGACUAUCUACUCUAUUAUUUUUGUCAUCAAUUCUUAGAUAACCAACAAGAAUAGCAACUGCUAAUGUCACUCUUGAAUUGUCACUUAUCCAUAUUUCCUACCAAGGCAAGGCUAAUUUAAAAAUCGGUAAUAGAAAAAAGAAAAUGUAAUUCACUAAUUUACCAUGGAAGAAGAGUCUGACCACAUUUAAAGAUUAAAAUCGUCAGACUGUUCUGUAACUACUAGACUAAAGAUAAUCUGUAUUUGUAAACAUUAAAUUGUUGCCAUUAUUCUUACUUAUUAGAAUUCUUAAAAAUGUUCACAAACUUUUUCAUAGGCACGAUUUAAUGCAUGAUCUUUGUACAUAAUAUGAAGCAUUUUCAGAGAAAAAUCAUUCGAUGCCUCUCCUACUUUCAUCACAUAGGGUGCUGCAUCUGUUAUAAAAUAAAGCACUCUCAUAUUAGAUCUGUGUUGGACAGAAAAUAUUCAUUGCAUUGUUAAUUGUUUUUGGCAAUGGUUGAAUGAUUAGUUUGCUCAACAAAUGCUGUAUGGAUUUAAAAUGUUUAUUAUUGUUUGCUUCAUAUAUCGUAGAAUCCAUUAUCAUUUUGGUGAUUGGCUAUUCUAUCCAAUUUUCACUAAUUUGUCAAUGGUUUGUCACAGAAGACAAUUCUUACUUCUUAUAAUAUCCUUUAUUGAAAUCAAUAAGAUGGAAAAACAAUUGUAAAAUUGACUGGAGGGACUAAAACAGUCUGAAAUGCAUUUCAAUUUCAAUAAAGGAUAUAAAAAGUAAGAAUUAUCUUCUGUGUCAAACUGUUGUGACAAAUCUAGUGAAAAUUGGGUAGAAUAGCCAAUUACCAAAAUGAUAAAAAUGUUUAUUCAUCUGCUUAAAGUCAAUUCAUCAGGUAUUUCCCUCACAGUAUUUUUAUAGGAAUCCUUUAAAUUCUUUGUUUUUUAGUUUACAAACGGGGAAGUCGGCAUUGAUUGUAGCAGCACAUAAAUCUCUUAAAAACGGAGACUUUGUUGGUCCUGGUUUAUUCUGUCAGCAUUUUAAAUUGUUUACCUAUCUUUUCAGUGUAACGCAGGUAGAGAGGUGCUGAGUAACUCAUGACUGUUUCUCCCACAAAUAAAACAGCUGACUAAUAACUGAACGUAACAUAGUUACUAACUUAAGCAUUUAAUUACUGGACUCAAACCUUGAUUACUCAGAUUUGAGUUCAGGUCAGGAGCAUUAGGAAUCUUUAAUGGUCUAUUUGUCCUGUCUCUCACCCCAGAUAUGUCUUUAGUGGGCUCCACCAUGGACAGGAAAGGUGCCCAGAUAAUUGAUUUAAUGAUGUUGAUUGUGGAUAUAACGAAAGGAAUGCAGACGCAAACUGCAGAAUGCUUAGUAAUAGGCGAAAUUACUUGUAAUAAAAUGAUUGUAGUGCUUAACAAAUUAGAUUUAAUAGCAGUAGAGAAAAGAAAGUCUGUUAUUGAAAAGAUGACGAAGAAAAUUCAGAAAGUUUUGGAGAAAACUACAUUUGAGAACGUUCCUGUGGUUGCAGUUGCUGCAAAACCUGGUGGAACCGAAGAAAAUUCAGAACCAAUAGGAGUGAAAGAACUUAUUAAUUUAUUAUGUGAACAUGUUUUUGUUCCUAAAAGAAGUGCAGAAGGUCCUUUUAUGUUUGCAGUGGAUCAUUGUUUUUCGAUUCGAGGACAAGGAACCGUAAUGACGGGCACCGUAAUUCAAGGAAGCGUAGCCAUUAAUAACACUGUAGAAAUACCGUCAUUGAAGCUAACGAAGAAAGUAAAGAGCAUCCAGAUGUUUAGAAAACCCGUAGAAAAGGCAAUUCAGGGAGACAGAAUUGGAAUGUGUGUAACACAGUUCGAUCCAAAACAAUUAGAACGUGGGAUAGUGUGCACGCCCGGUCACUUGUCUUUAACUCAUGCAGUUGUAGCAGUGGUAGAGAAAAUUCCUUAUUAUAAAGGAACUUGUGCAACUAAAGCCAAAUUUCACGUCACAAUCUUGCACGACACAGUCAUGGCAAAAACGACAUUUUUUGGUCUCCAUGAACCGGGUGCAGACACUCCGAAAGUUGACCUUAAAUUUCUUUCCUCUCUUGAUUUUCAGAGAGAAUACACUUAUCAAAGUGAGCUAUAUUCAAAUAGUUCUCAUUUAAAAAUAGAUAAAGACGAAGAAAAUCCUGGAUUGACGCCUUCGAUUCAGUUUGCAUUACUCGAAUUCGAAAAACCGGUCAUCCUCAGCAAGAAGUGCUUACUGAUCGGUUCCAAGCUAGAUACAGACAUCCACGCUAAUGUGUGCCGACUCACAUUUUAUGGCUACGUUUUGGAGAUAUUUGGUACCAAACAGAUAGCGGAUGCAAUUUUACCUACGCUAAAAGUAUACAAGACGAAAGAGAAAAAGGGUUUUGUGGAAAGAAUGGUUAACGACUAUGAAGUCAUCGGACGAUCUUUAUUCAAAAAAGAAACAAACAUUCAGAAUUUUGUGGGUUUAAAAGUUUCUCUGUCGACCGGCGAAGAGGGAGCAAUUGAAGGAGGCUUCGGACAGAGUGGAAAAGUGAAAAUUAGAAUACCGGCCGGACUGAAAAGUACAACUGCCGCAUUAUUGUCUACCAAUAAGAAGAAAAGUAAAGAAACCGGUUCGAAUAAAGAAACCGAAUCCGAACAAGUACAAAUCAUCUUGACAUUUAAACGGUACGUGUACGAUCCUCAGAAGAAAAUGAUUCAAACUUCUUAGAAAACAAUUCUGGUAAAACUGAGAAUUUAAGAAAUAACUAUAAAAAAGUUUUCAACAUUAUCACUAGAUUAAAAUUGGAUACAAAUUUCUCUAAAAGAAAUUAUUAAAAUGCCAAAAUGUAAUUUGAUAUAUAAAAAUUGUUGAGCCAAAUUAAAAAAAAAAUUAUAUGCUGUAAUGCAGUGUUUUUCAACUGCCAGUCACAGAAAAAUAUUUGACUGUAGCAACACUGGCACAGUUGAUUAGGAUGACAUUUACAUAAUAGUUUAGAGUUACUUAUUGUACGUAACAUACAGUAACUCUACAUAAGCAUAAUUCUACACGUAAAACAGAUAAUUUUACCAGUCUGCGACGAGAAAAAGGUCGAGAAACUAUGCUCUAACGGGACAGGUCGACAUUUUGAAUUCCAAUGAAACAUGUACUGUACAUACUAAUUUGAUUAUUAAUAGUUGUAUAUACAAUUAACAAUAAUCAAAUAAAAUAUAGAUAUAUUAUUGUUGAACUUUUAAUAUAUGGAAUUUUAAUAUAUGUUUUUACUUAUGUAAUUAAAAUUACGAGAAGUUAAUUUCACAAGAAUGUUUUCUGUAUGUAUUAUUGUUUAUGUACUUGCUGUAGUUUGGAGAUAAACAAGUAUAUAAUCUAAACCGAAAUAAAAUUGUAUUUUCCAAAAAA